AUGGGGAACACUGCAUGCACACCUUACGCUGCCUCGGGUGGAUCCAUAAGGGUCGUCAAUGGCAUCGUACAGUACGUGCGUUCUGUGAGAGCGGCGGAGUUGAUGGUUGACAACCCUGGGCAGUUCGUGUGCGACUCUGACCAUCUCGACGUGGGGUGUCGGAAUCCAGGUUUGGCGGCGGACGAGGAACUCGAGCGACGCCGGCUCUGCUUCCUGCUGCCGAUGGACAUGCUCUUCUCGGUGCUUACCGAGGAGGAGAUGGCAGCUCUUUCGUGCAGGGUCUCCAAGGCAAGAAUCUCCAACAGGAUUCUUCCCGUCCGCGGUGACCUCUGCUUGUUCCCCGCACAGGCCAAGAAAGCGAAUGAAGCCACCCGGUGCAUCAAGAGGAGGCCGAGGCAGUCGUCGUGGACGCCGGCAUUGGACACCAUAAAAGAAGUUCCAUGA